GAAAUUUUAAUGUUCAGUACAACAGCAACCCUACAUGUUCGCGAUUCUUUCAAUAUUUUCCACAUCGUCUCUUUUUACAUUCCUCUUAACACAAUUCAUUUGACAUGUACAAUUAGGUUUCAGCAAUGGCGAAUUUAUCUGAACUUUAUUAAAUACUAUUGAAAAACGCCGUUAUUAAGAAAUAAAAAUAAAACUGCUUAAAAACUCUAAAAUGUGUAAUAAUUUAUGAACGCAUAUUAUUAUUUAUGGAAGUGAUGAGAACGGCUUUUGAUACUUGUGUAAAAAACUGGUGGAAAAUUUUAUAAAGAAAAUGAUGGGUGGAAGGUGGUUUGUGCAGUCGGGAUCGUCGAAAUCGCUAUUGUGUUUGCAAUGGAACGUAGUAUUUUGUUUCGGAUUUUGUGUUUUGAUUGCAUCAGCCGUGGUAUCGGCGACAGCAACUGCACCGGCUGUAAGAAAUGAAAAAACGUACAGAAGUGCACAAAAUUUAUCACAGGAAAAUCAAAAUAAUAAUGUGACAAGUGAUGAAGCUGUGUCUGAGCAUUUACGAGCUUAUCGCCUGCGCGAGUCAUGCACUGAAUUGGCGCGAGAUGAAGAAACAUUGAUGGUGUUCUCGACUUUGGGGGGCGGAUUAACAGCAAUCGAUCCAAUAACGAGUGAAAUACGUUGGACCAUAGCAGACGAUCCGCCCAUUCGCGCACAUCAAGAUCAAAACGUGGCGGAAUCACAGUAUCUACCAGAUCCGCGUGAUGGCAGUAUUUAUCAGCUCAGUGAUAUGGGUAACCUGAAGAAAUUACCGUAUACUAUACCACAACUGGUAGCGAGUGCACCAUGCCGUUCCUCCGAUGGCAUGUUUUAUUCUGGGAAGAAGAGUGACACUUGGUUUAUGGUAGAUCCCAAGUCGGGUAAACGUGAAACCGUUAUGGGAUUCGGUAUGGGUAGCUUUGAUGUAAAUGAGAGCAACGAAGAGAAUGAGGAAAAGUCUGCGCACAAUGGAGCAGGCACAAUUUAUUUAGGACGCACGAAGUACACUGUCUUAAUGUACGACAGUUUGGCGAAAGGAAAAAAUGUUAAACCUUGGAAUAUUACCUUUUAUGAUUACAGUGCGCACACAAUGACGCCAGAUAUAUCGAAAGAGUAUGAGUAUCUGCAUUUAACCACUACAUCGAAUGGUAAUAUCGUAACAUUGGACCGUAAGAAUGGCAAAUUUUUGUGGAAGCACGACUUAACAAGUCCUGUGGUGGCUGCAUUUCUACUCGGCUCAGAGGGCUUGCUCAGCGUGCCCUUUACUACUGUCUCCGAUGAGGCUUUUGAGUCGAUAUUAGAAGAGUCCAAAACAGGCAAUGUCAAUACCAUCAAAUUGUUCCAAUCUUUAUAUGUGGGUGAGCAUCGCCAUGGCUUGUACGCAUUGCCCUCAUUGGUUGAUAAAGACACGCCACGUAUUUCAGCAAGUCCUCCAAUAAAACUUUUGGACGGUCCUAACUCAGGAGAGGAGACAGAUCCCAAAAUGGUGUAUAUCGAUGAUGUUUUACCCCAAAAUACCGGCAUAGUGAUUGGGCAUUACAAUAUGCCCAGUGACAGUAAUUUAGAAAUAUCUUCUUCGAAAGGUGACAACAUUAAUGGUUUGGCCACCAUCAAUCAUUUUCCCGAUGUUACCACUAUGGGCACAAAUGGUUUCAGCAUACUAACCGGCACAAGCAAUGAAAAGAAUUCCGCCGAAAUAGGCAUACAAACUGAGCCAGUAAUUGAAAUGCAAAUAGAAUCGGGCAAUGCAUUAAAUAAAACCAAACGAAUAAUUAUAGCAAAUGGUAAUAAAUUACAUAAGCUCUUCAAUGAAUGGUUCAUGGAACAUCCCAGUGGUCAAGUGCACCAGAUACUUAUUGUUUUGGUUUUGACUAUGAUAGCCAUGUUUUGGUAUAUGUGCAGCUCAAUGCGUGAGCUCAAAAAUCAAAGUGAAAAUGGUUCAAAAACUUAUUCGUCCACCAAUAAGAGUGGCAGCGGCAGCAGUAAUGUUAGCGGCUUGGACCUUAUUGAUCUGGGUGAUGGGAAUAUACGUGUGGGUAAAAUUUCAUUCAACUCGAACGAAGUGUUGGGUAAAGGUUGUGAAGGUACUUUUGUAUUUCGCGGUACAUUUGAAGAGCGCUCAGUAGCGGUAAAGAGGCUGCUGCCCGAAUGCUUUACGUUUGCCGAUCGGGAGGUUGCACUGUUGCGCGAAAGCGACGCACACGAGAAUGUUGUGCGUUAUUUCUGCACUGAGCAGGAUCGCCAAUUUCGUUACAUUGCAGUGGAGCUAUGUGCGGCGACGUUGCAAGAAUAUACCGAGGGUGAACGGUGCAUGGACUUGCGUGCUCAAAUAAACGUCUGGGAGGUUUUGCGUCAAGCAGCGGCCGGUCUUAGUCAUCUACAUUCAUUAAAUAUCGUGCAUCGCGAUAUCAAGCCACAAAACGUUUUGCUCUCAUUGCCCGAUGUGAAUGGAACAGUCCGUGUAAUGAUAUCCGAUUUUGGCUUAUGCAAAAAAUUGAAUUUUGGCAAGACCAGCUUUUCGCGUCGAUCCGGCGUUACUGGCACAGAUGGCUGGAUAGCACCCGAAAUGAUGCGUGGCCAACGUACGACAACAUCGGUAGACGUUUUCUCACUUGGGUGCGUCUACUAUUAUGUGCUGUCUGCAGGACAUCAUGCGUUUGGGGAAGCGCUAAAGCGCCAGCACAAUAUACUCACUCAUGAUUACAAUUUGUGUAAGCUCAAGGUAGACGCGGAGGAUGAAGGGUGCAUAACGGCAGAGGCAAGCAAAUUUAUUCUUGCUGAACAACUUAUUACGGAUAUGAUACACAAAGAUGCUCAGAGUCGACCAUUGGCGCGUUGCAUAAGCGCACAUCCGGUUUUCUGGAAUAACCAAAAGAUAUUGGCCUUUUUGCAGGACGUGAGUGACCGUGUUGAGAAGCUGCAGUUCCAUGUAGAACCGUUGAAGUCGUUAGAGAAAAACGGUCGUUGCAUUGUGCGUGGAGAUUGGAACGCACAUGUUGAUCCGCUCAUAACAGAAGAUCUGCGCAAGUAUCGUGGUUAUAUGGGCGCUAGUGUGCGUGAUCUGCUGCGUGCGUUGCGGAAUAAAAAACAUCACUACCACGAACUCUCAUCCGAAGUGCAGCAAAAGCUUGGUUGUUUGCCGAAUGAUUUUACCAACUAUUGGAUAAAUAAAUUCCCUGAAUUAAUAUCACACGCCUAUCAUGCUUUUAGCAUUUGCGCUGAGGAGCCCAUCUUCAGACACUAUUACAAUGCCGAUUAUAAAUUUAGCCGCCCAUGGUAUUUCGAUGCGGACGACAAUCUUUUCCCAUCACUGCAAAAUGAUCCGAAACAUUUGUUGAAGCAAACUGCGGCGCUGGGCGGUAAGGACGGUAGCGGCAGUCCGAAACGUCUGCCGCGCACACCCGAAAAGCAGCAGAACCAAUUAAAGCAACGCAAAGGUAUUUACAAUUUCCGUAAGACCGUAGAAGGUGAAGCAGUUGGCAUUGGUUUGAAAAGAUAUUUGGAUGUACCGAGUGCUGAGGGGGAAGAUGAAGAUGCCUCUAAUAGGCGUGACGUGUUUGCAAAUUUCAAAUUUCGGCGAAAUUAUGGCAAGUCGGCAAGUCGUAAUUACAACAAUGCUAACAAAGAAAAAAGUGUCACGUGGACAUUACCUGGUAAGCAGGCCGAAGAAGAUUGAGUGAAAAGUAAAAAAAAAUAUAUAUAUUUUGAUUAAAUAAAUAUAUUUGUAGUUAAUAAGUAAUAACAUGAGUACUUAGCUAAACGAAUAAAUACCUCGUAGAUACGCCAACUUGGUAUACUUUUAUAUGAAAAAAUUUAUUUAUGGGGUAUUUACAGGUUUAGUUUAAUAUUCAUAGUAAUUUUAAGGAAACUUUUUACUACAAUGACGUUUUGUUUUUAAUUCUAUUUUUCUUGUACAGUGCAAACUUUAACCCUUUGGCAGAAACUACCUUUAUAUUAGGUUUUACUUAACGAAAAAAUUUGCUCCGAGCGGAUUUUUUAGCGAUGUUUUUCUUUUUUAUUUUCGUUACUUAGAGAGUAAUAUGCGUUCAUUUGUAAAACAUUAUACGGCUCUUUUCCCUUAUUCCUACGCGCCAAAGUAUUUGUGUAGUUAAAGAAAUUUCAGAUUUAUACACACAUUAUCACUUAAUAUCCAAUAUGAAGUGCGUGAUGUAUAUAAAAAAAAAAUAGAAACAAUGAAACUUUGUUAGAAUCCAGUCUACGGAAUUGGCAUAAUUGCUGUAAUUAAUUUAAAAUUUUUAUUUUCAAACAGUAAUAUAAUGUCAUUUAAAUUCAUAGAAUAUUUAUGAAUUUUUUAAAUUCCAAUUAUUAAAAGAAAUAAAAUUAAUAACUUUUCAGGGAAUUGCAAACACUGAUACCAACAAAAAUUUCAUUUUGCUUUCAGUUCACCUCUAAAAUAAUCUCUCGCGUAAAAAUGAUUCUUUAAAUUUGGCAGCAAUUAUUUCAUAUUUUUGGAAAUUGCAAAUAUAUUGUGGUUGUAUCUUAAAAAGGUGUCUGUCAAAUGCACGUAAUUUGUCUGUGAUAAAAUAUAUAUUGUAAAACAUAAAAAAAUGUACGUACAUUUAAUGAAUAAGUGCUUUAUUUCGCUUGCAAGCGUUUAAACAAAACUCAAAUUAUUUUAUAUUGAACUCAAAAUAUUCUUGUAUAUCGUUGUGUUUAUUGCGUGGUAGAGUUUUCAAACACACUAUCGAAUUCCAUUAUUGCUAUUUUUUAUAUUAGUUAAAACCUUAUUGUUAAUUAAGACAUUACUACUUUGAAGUUAAUUUCUGUUUUAACGCUUGCGAUUAUUAAGUAUAGAAAUAAAAAAUUUAAAUUGUAAAAUAAUAACAAAUUCCUCUCUACAUUUGCACUAUUUUUUGUAAUGUGCAAUUAAUUAUUAUUUUUAAAAGUACCCUAAGUUUAUUAAAGAAAAUUAUUCCUGACAAUUGUAACC